UAGAGUCGAGCUCAGAAAAUCUACAGCCUGACACCUGAUAGCUUCAGUGUAGCGCACAGUUUGGUCAGGAAGACGUGGAGCUGACGUUGUUAGUUUGGAAACAUGCGGCGGAAAGAGAGCACACCGUCAACAGCAAGAAGAUCAACUCUUUCCCACUGACAUUAGCGGACGUGUAGUCCUACUGAGAGAGUCCCGCGCGUAACCCGCGUAGCCCAUCAGGCGCAUUUUAUGGAGAUCUAUAGAUGACAAGACCUGCACGCUGCGGGUUGCUCUCAGCAUCUACUGGGAUCUCUAACAUGGCGAGAGGGAUGAGAGGAGCUCAUCUCCUCACUCUAUUUUUCACCUUUUUAGUAACACUUUUGAGGGACGCAGAUGGACAAGAGACUUCUAAUGGCUUAACAGGUUUUAGUUUGAGUCCUCCGUAUUUCAACCUCGCUCAGGGGACUAGUAUCUCUGCCACAGCAACCUGCGGCCAGGAUGAGUCUGGGACACCGAGAUAUGAUUUAUACUGUAAACUUGUCGGAGGACCGACCACCGGAGUCCUUACUCAAAAUAUACAGGGUCAGUUCUGUGACUACUGCAACACCGCUGACCCAAGCAAAGCCCACCCGGUGACCAACGCCAUCGAUGGGACAGAGCGCUGGUGGCAGAGCCCUCCUCUCUCCAGAGGACUGGGCUACAACGAGGUGAAUGUCACCCUGGACCUUGGACAGCUUUUCCAUGUGGCGUACGUCCUCAUCAAGUUUGCUAAUUCACCUCGUCCUGACCUCUGGGUGCUGGAGCGCUCUGUAGACAACGGGAGAACCUUCAACCCCUGGCAGUAUUUUGCACAUUCAAAGCACGAGUGUAUUGAGAAGUUCGGAAAGCAGCCCAAUGCUCGUAUAUUAAAUGACGAUGACCAGCUCUGCACCACAGAAUACUCACGGAUUGUCCCUUUGGAGAACGGAGAGAUUGUGGUGUCUCUGAUCAACGGGCGGCCGGGGGCCAAAAACUUCACCUACUCGCCAGUGCUGCGAGACUUCACAAAGGCCACCAACAUCCGCCUGAGCUUCCUCCGCACCAGCACCCUGCUGGGCCACCUGAUCUCCAAGGCCCAGAGAGAUCCCACCGUCACACGCAGGUAUUACUAUAGUAUCAAAGACAUCAGCAUUGGCGGACGCUGUGUUUGUCAUGGGCAUGCCCAGGUGUGUGGUAGCGGGCGUGAUCGGGACAACCCAAACAGACUCCAGUGUGAGUGCCAACACAACACCUGUGGUGAGUCAUGUGACCGCUGCUGCCCAGGCUUUAACCAGAAGCCAUGGCGUGCUGCAACUGUUGACAGCCCCAAUGAGUGUCACGCCUGCCAGUGUUUCUCCCAUGCCUUUGACUGUUAUUACGACCCAGAGGUGGAAAGGAGGGGAGCAAGUUUAGACACCUUCGGCAGGUACAACGGAGGAGGAGUGUGCAUCAACUGCCAGCACAACACUGCUGGAGUGAACUGUGAGCGAUGCCUUGAAGGGUUCUACAGGCCUUUCGGAGUACCUCCAGAGUCUCCCACUGGAUGCAUACCCUGCAGGUGUGAUGAAAUGACUACAGCCGGCUGUGAAAUGGGGUCUGGAAGGUGUAUCUGCAAGCCACAGUUUACUGGAGAAAACUGUGAUCGCUGUGCUGACGGAUACUAUUCCUACCCUCAGUGCAUUCGCUAUCCUGUAUACCCGACAACCACCAAAUCCCCUGCAGGACCUAUUGUGGAGUGUAUAUGUGACUACAGAGGGACAGCGUACGGGGUGUGCGAUGCUUCAGGACGCUGCCUUUGCCGUCAGGGUGUGGAGGGGGUGCAAUGUGAACGCUGUCAACCAGGAUACCACUCCUUCCCAAACUGCCAGGCGUGUCUCUGUGAUGGUGCUGGUGUAGCUGACAGUGUGUGCACUCCAAGCGGACAGUGUGUUUGCUUUCCCAACUAUGGGGGACAGGAGUGUGACGAAUGCGCCCCAGGCUACUAUGGGUACCCAGACUGUGCUGCCUGCCAGUGUUCACAGGAAGGCUCAUAUGGCAGCAUAUGCAACCCGCUGUCGGGUCAGUGCCUGUGUAUCCCAGGGAUAGUAGGCCAGCAGUGUGACCGCUGUGCCUCUGGACUCAGGUUCCCCCAGUGCUCAGUCUCCAUCAGUGUGUGUAACCCAGCAGGAACUGAGGUUGCUGAUCCUCAAACGGGCUCCUGCCGCUGCCUACCAAAUGUAGAGGGAACCCUGUGUGACAGAUGUAAACCUCUCUACUGGAAUCUGGUUACAGACAACCCUCAUGGCUGUAUAGAGUGCCAGUGUGAUGUGAAAGGGACCCUGAGUGGUGUUGGAGAGUGUGAACAGAAAAGUGGACAGUGUCACUGUAAGCCUAAUGCUUGUGGACAUGCAUGUGACACCUGUAAGGAUGGAUACUUCCUGCUGCAGAAAAAGAAGUAUUUUGGUUGUCAAGGUUGCCAGUGCGAUGUAGGUGGUGCUGUUAGCAUGGCGUGCAAUGAGAUGUCGGGACAAUGCCAAUGUCGGAAGAAUGUAGUUGGUCGUAAAUGCACUGAGCCAGCACCAAGCUACUAUUUUCCAACUCUCCACCAACUGAAGUUUGAGGUUGAGGAUGGCAUAACGCCAAAUGCCAGACCAGUGCGCUUUGGUUAUAACCCCCAAGAGUUCCCAGAUUUCAGCUGGAGGGGUUAUGCUGUAAUGUCUCCUGCACAGAGUGAGGUCAGAGUAACAGUGCAUGUUGACCCAAAAGAUGGGAGACAUCACUUAUUCCGUGUGGUUCUGCGGUUCACUAACCCAAGCAGCACCAGCGUGACAGGUAGCAUCAAGGCUACCAAUAACCGAGGCACUGAAGGGUCCGGUCAGAGUAAGGAAGUAAUAUUCCCUGAGAGUUCCUCCCCAUCCUUCCUCACUGUCCCAGGAGAGGGCUUUGCUGAGCCCUUUGCAUUGACCCCUGGGAAAUGGAUCAUUCACAUAAGAGCAGAGGGUGUUCUGCUGGACUAUUUAUUGCUGCUGCCCCGGGAUUACUAUGAGGCACAUUUGCUGCAGGAAAAGAUCAUCCAGCCCUGCACGUACUUACCCACUGCAAACAAGGAUACAAACUGUUUGUUAUACAAGCAUGUGGCCAUGGAUGGCUUCAGCUCUGCUCUGGGCUCAGAAGGAAUACUCUCCAGCCGCAGUGGGCGCAGGAGGAGGCAGGCUCGUGUACGGCGUCCCACCCCAGAUCACCCUGAGAUGGCCGCUCUCAAUGGCAGACAGUCGCAGCUCCAACUCAGUCUACGCGUGCCUCGUCCUGGCCCAUACGCCCUUGUCCUGGAGUAUGCCAGCGAGGUGGACACUGUCCAGAAUGUCAACAUACUCAUCAGUGGCCAGUCAGAUGGCUACAUUCCUGCCAGGGCUAACAUAUACAGUUGUGCCUAUAGCUUUUUGUGCCGGAGUGUGGCAGUGGACGGCAAUAAUCAUGUUACAGUGCUGCAGCUUUCUCACAAGACAGAGAUUCUCCUGCAAACUUCCACUACAUCAUUCCUGCUGUAUAAAGUGUAUGCAGUCCCUGCAGAAGAGUUCUCCAUUGAGUAUGUAGACCCCAAGGUGUUGUGUGUCUCCACUCACGGCCGCUUCACUGAAGACAGUCGGCACUGCGUUCUGAGGCGAUUCGACAAGCCAACCUCAGCCUGGAUUUUGUACGCGGCCCGUGAUGGACAGCUAUCUUUGGCACCAGCUGUUUCUCCCCAACGAGGAGAGAAUGAGGAUUGGAGACGGAGACGACAGAUUGGGGUGUUUCCUGUCCGCGAACCUCAGAGUGAUGGGAUACUGCUUAAAUUUCCUCAGACGGAGAUCAGUUUCACUCCCAACGUGCCCCUCCCGGGUAGGUAUGUGGUUGUGGUCCAUUAUCACCAACCGGAACACACCUCCUUCCCUGUGGAGGUCAGAGUGGACGCAGGGCGUGAGUGGAAGGGUUCAAUAAAUGCAUCCUUCUGCCCUGCGGUCUCAGGCUGCAGGGAGGUUGUGAUCUCUGAUGGGCGCAUUGCCCUUGACUUUGACCAGAAUUCUUGGCAGCCACCCACCAUCUCUGUGAUUGUGCCACCUAGGAAGACACUUAUUCUGGAUUAUAUCUUGCUGGUUCCCGAUAGCAGUUAUACCCCAGAUCUCCUGAAAGAGAAGCCGCUGGAUAAGUCUGCAGAUUUCAUACAGCAAUGUAGAGGAGAUGGUUUUUAUAUUGACCCCAGAACUUCUUCCCAGUUCUGCAGAGACUCUGCCCGCUCUCUUGUAGCGGCCUAUAAUGAUGGCGCUCUGCCUUGCGACUGUGACAAGUCCGGUUCUACAGGGACCACUUGUGAUCCGGUUGGAGGCCAGUGUCCCUGCAGGCAGCAUAUCAUUGGUCGACAGUGCACAAAGUGUGCCACAGGAUACUACGGCUUCCCUUACUGCAGACCCUGUGAGUGUGGCCGCCGACUAUGCGACGAGGUGACAGGACGCUGUAUCUGCCCUCCUCAGACAGUCAAACCAUCUUGUGAUGUGUGUCAGAGUCAGACUUUCAGCUAUCACCCUUUGUUGGGUUGCGAGGGCUGUGAAUGCUCUCCAAAUGGCAUUAAAGCCAAUGCAGGGCCUGACUGUGACCGCAUCACCGGACAGUGCAUUUGCAAGCCGAGGAUCGGGGGCCGGCAGUGUGAUCGCUGUGCUCCGGGUUAUUAUCGCUUCCCUGACUGUGUGCCUUGUGACUGUAACCAAGGUGGUGUCACACCUGCUGUGUGCCACCCAGACACAGGAAGGUGCCUCUGCAAGAAAAAUGUUGCUGGCGGCAAGUGUGAUAUCUGUCGGGAAGGUUCCUUCUACUUUGACCCCUCCAGCCCUCAUGGCUGUACCAUCUGCUUCUGCUUCGGGGCGACUGACCAGUGUCAGAGCUCCAGCAAACGCAGGGGGAAGUUUGUUCAGAUGCAGGCCUGGCGUUUGGAAAGCCCUGACCAGGACGUUUCCUCUGUGCUGAACACAGCCAGUAACACAGUGGUGGCAGACAUCCAGGAGCUUCCUCCUACAGUUCAGACUCUACACUGGGUGGCACCAUCGUCCUACCUGGGAGACAGGGUUUCAUCUUAUGGUGGUUUCCUCACCUACCAGUCCAAAUCCUUUGGGAUUCCCAGUGAGGGGAUGACUCUCAUGGACAGAAGACCUGAUGUCGUGCUGACUGGUCAGGAUAUGACCCUGAUCCACAUGGCUCCACAAGUCCCACUUCCAGACAGGCUGUAUCAGGGCAGAGUCCAGCUAUUGGAGGGAAAUUGGCGCCAUGCUAUCACCAACAGGCCUGUGUCCAGAGAGGAACUGAUGACGGUCCUAGCCGGUCUGGUUGGCCUGAGGAUCCGAGCCUUGUACUUUACUCAGACCCAGAGACUCAGCUUAGGGGAGGUGGGCCUGGAGGAGGCGACUAACACAGGGACUGGUGGUCCUGGAAACACAGUCGAAGAUUGUUCCUGCCCCCCUCAGUACACUGGAGACUCCUGCGAGAAAUGUGCUCCUGGUUACUACAGAGAUAGCAGUGGGCCUUUCCUGGGCCGCUGUAUGCCCUGCGAGUGCAACGGUUUGUCUGAUGAGUGUGAAGAGAAGACAGGGAAGUGCCUGAACUGUAAGUACAACACAGCUGGUGAUCGAUGUGAAAGCUGCAAAGAGGGUUACUAUGGAAACGCGGCUCAAAGGACAUGCAGAGUAUGCCCAUGCCCAUUCAGUGUGCCCACAAACAGUUUUGCAAUAGGUUGCAGAGAGGUCUUUGGAGACUUCCAGUGUAUAUGCAGAGCCGGCUACACUGGAGACAAGUGUGAGAGCUGUUCUCCUGGUUACUAUGGUGAUCCACUGAGACCAGGAGGAAGUUGUCAGCCCUGUAAUUGCAAUGGCAAUGGUAACAACUGUGAUCCCAGGACUGGAGUUUGCAAGAACACUCUGGAGCCGGGAGACACAAACACCGAUGAGCACUGCCAAGAGUGUGAUAAUUGUGCCCAGACUUUACUAAAUGGUCUGGAGAAGCUGGAUGACGAGCUGGGAAGGAUCAAGGCUCAGCUGGACAAUGCCACUGUCGGUGCUUCCUUUCAGGACAGGCUGAAGAAGCUGGAAAAGGCCAUGUCAGAGACCAAGAUUCUUGUCAACAGAUUCAGCUCCAUGAUCAACACCCAAAAGUCCAAAGUCAACCAGCUGGACGAAGACACAGACAAUCUCUCAGAUGACAUCAGCUCCCUCAAAGACAUGGCGGAUAAAAGGGCUGUUGAUGCUGACGAGGCAGUGGCAAAUAUUGAAAAAACACACAAGCGGGCUAAAGAUCUGGACUCAGAGAUUCAAACCGUUCUUAAGAAAAUCCUAGCUCUGCUGGACCAACUGAAGGACGAAGGCACCACUGUGACGCCCAAUGAAAAUCUGGCUAAAAUGCUAGAAGAUGCUCAGCGCAUGGUGAAGGAGAUGGAGAACAGGAACUUUACCCCUCAGAAGACAGCUGCUGAUGAAGAAAAAGAUGAGGCCAAAAAACUGCUGGACUACAUCAAGGCUAAUGUAAGUAAGCAGUUGGAGCAGAAUGAGGCCGCAGCAGAGAAGAUUCGGGGCCUUCUCAAAGAUUACGAGGACAAGCUGAAGGACCUGGACGAGGCUCUGAAGGAGGCGAUGAACUUGGUGAAAAAAGCUAACACCCAGAACGGACUCAAUGCUCAGGGACUGAAAGAUCUCCAGGAACGUUUCGAAAACUUAAAAAAGGAGCAGAAGACUGUCGAGGACCAAAUGGCCAUGGCAAAAGAUGAGCUGAAGAAAACAGAGGAUUUGGGGAAAAUGCUAUCCAAGAGCAAAAUGGAAUAUGAACAGCUGGCAGCACAGCUGGAUGGUGCCAAGACUGACUUGACCAAGAAGGUGAAUGAGAUUUCCAAGGCGGCAGCCAAAGAGGACAUUGUGGUGGCUGCAGAGCAACAUGCUAAGGAACUCAACAAGCUGGCAAAGGACCUUGAGGAUACUGUGAAGAACGCAAGUGGACGCACUGAGGUGCGUAAUGCCAAAGACGCUAUUGAUGCCUACAAGAACAUCACAGAUGCAAUUAACGCUGCUGAGGUUGCAGCUAAUGAUGCCAAAGGUGCCGCAGACAACGCCUUGAAUAGUGUAAAAAACCAGAAGCUGACAGAAAGAGCAAAAGACCUGAAAGAGACCAGUGAGGACCUACUGCAGAAUGCAAAGGAUGCAAAUAAAGACCUUAAAGGCUCUGCAAACGAAGUUACUGCCCUAAAAAAACGUCUGGACAACGCUGACAAGAAGAAGAAAGCUCUUGAGAAAGACCUGCUUGAUGCACAGAACCAAAUAAAUGACAUCAAAAGAGAUGAUAUUGGUAAUAUGAUUGAUGAAGCCAAGAAGUCGGCAGCUUCAGCCAAUGACACGGCCGGUGACACCAUGGACAAACUGAAUGCCAUCAGAAAGGAAAUUGACAAGAUCAAUGUCUCUCCAGUGGAUUCCAACCUGAGCAGUGUUUUGGAUGAUGUGGAUCAGUCAGUGAAGAACUUGUUGAAAACCAUCCCAUCACUGAACGAUAAGAUCUCAGAGGUGGAGAACCUGACCUCGCAGUUCUCCCCCAUUAGCAACAUAACAGAGAACAUCAAGAAGAUCAAAGAUCUCAUUGAAGAAGCCCGGGAUGCAGCUAACAGGAUUGUGAUCCCGAUGAAGUUCUCAGGCGAUGGCCAUGUGGAGCUGCGUCCACCAAAGAAUCUGGAGGAUCUGAAGGCCUACACAGCCCUCUCUCUGCUGCUGCAGAGACCUGAAAUACCGAACAGGGGAGAUGGAAGACGCAGACGCAGACAGGCCAGAGACAAUGGAGACAUGUUUGUGAUGUACCUCGGCAACAAAGAUUCCUCAAAGAACUACAUAGGUAUGGUUCUGAGAAACAACGUGCUGUACGGUGUGUACAAGCUCAAUGGAGUCGAGUACGAGAUCAAAACGGAUUCCAUCACCAUGUCUUCGUCUGAGACGUCCCUGUUCGAUAAAGUGGACCUACGGAGAAUUUACCAGGAUGCAAAUAUUAACCUCAUCAAAGAUGUCACCACACACCCAACGGCUGAGCCAAUAAAGAAUGGCAAUAUAGGAGAGGAGUCCAAGAACCUCCUGGAUCUAAGUCCCGAUGAUGUUGUUUUCUACGUUGGAGGCUACCCUGACAAUUUCACUCCACCGCCUUCUCUCAGAUACCCCAUGUACAAGGGCUGCAUUGAGUUCUCCUCUUUUAAUGACAAAGCCCUCAGUCUCUAUAAUUUCCAAAAUGCGGAGAAGAUCAAUUCGGUGUCUCCAUGCAAGAGAUAUUUAAAUGUAGUGGAUUCUGACUACUGUGAAGGCACUGGAUACGGCAAAGUCGUUAUAGAUAAACCGGCUAACACACUAGUCAUCAGUAUGAACGUCGAUACUCGGUCAGAAAACGGUCUGCUCUUUUACAUAGGAAGUGAGGACAAUUACUUCACUGUGACCUUGGAGAAGGGCUUUAUUGUCCUACGUGGUAAUUUGCUUCCAGUACCAACUAUAAGUGACAUGAAAAUGUUCCCGACGAAGGAGUUCAGAGAAAUCCAAAUCAUCAGUAGAAAUUACACAAGCAUGAUUGUGCGGAUGGACGGUCAAACAACCACAGUUGCAGCUAAGUACAAGAACAGUGAAUUUAAAGAAUUCUAUAUUGGCGGUGCCCCACAAGACUUGAGGGAAAGAGAUAACAUCACCAUGCAGCCAUUCAAAGGAUGCUUGAAGAGUUUGACUGUGGCUGGCUCCCACAAAGCUAUUGCUGAGAGAGUGGGCAUCAGCAAAGGUUGUCGCCCGGAGUCUUUGGUUAAUCGUAAAGCAGAGUUCAGCUUGGGGAGCUACCUGUCAGCUGACCUCAAAGAUUUUAGUGUGGGAAAUGAUCAAGUUGCUGUCUCCCUUGGAUUCAAGAGCAAAGAGAAAGAGGGUCUCAUUCUGACUAACGGGAUGCGUAUUGCAUUGGAAAAUGGCUAUGUGAUUCUCAAUUUCAACAACGGGAUCUGGAAAUCAAACAAACAGUAUAAUGAUGACCAGUGGCAUUAUGUGACUGUUACCAAAAGAAGUGGAAGGGUCGAGCUGGUUAUUGAUGAUGAAGACAUGGGUCAGCAGCAGAGUGGCAGUGCUUCAGCACCUGGCACAGGUGGCACCCUUUUCCUGGGAAAGGAGACGUUCAAAGGCUGCAUUUCCAACCUCUACACAAGACGGCCAAGCAAUCUGUACAUGGUUGAGGACUUCAGCACCUUCAGUUCUUCUGGAGAUGUAUAUCAGGAUGUGUGUACUGUUAACAGUCCUGCUCAGCUGAUGAUGGACAGCUUCUUUAAGAAGGAUGGCGUGAUGCAGGUGAUAAAUGAGAGUUUAUCAGCGUGUGCUUUACCAGCCCUGGUUCAACAUGCUUAUCGCAUGGGCGGCCCUGUUAGCAGUCUGAGCUACAGCCUUCCACUACAGGUCCUGCAGCCUAGGCCCCACUUUUCUCUGGAUGUCAAGACUCGAGCUCCAGAGGGCCUGCUGUUCUUUUCUGCUACCAGAGGAGGGCGAUCUCAUCUUGCUUUAUACAUAUCCAAAGGCAGGAUCAGACUGUCUGUAGGAAAACAGAAGGAGAUCUUCAACAGGGAGAAGUACAAUGAUGGAAAGUGGCACUCGGUCAUAUUCAGUUUGGAGAAGAAGAAAUUUCGACUGGUGGUGGAUGGGAUUAGAGCCCAGGAUGGUCAGCUGACCAGUGCUGAGUUGACAUCCAUGCAGCAAUUUGUGUCCCCUGUGUACCUGGGCAGUGUCCCAGAGUCCCUUCACAAGGAGCUGAAGUCGAAGGCCCUUCCAAAGCAGAGUGUGUCUGGCUGUAUCCGCAAUUUUAAAAUGAACGGAGCUCCAAUGUCAAAUCCAUCCAUAAACCGUGGUGCUGGCCCCUGCUUCGAGGGACAGACACAAAGAGGGGCUUAUUUCUCAGGGAAUGGAGCGCAUGUCAUUAUCAAUGACUCUUUUGUUGUGGGCUCCAGCUUUGAACUGCUGUUUAACAUUCGUCCACGGAGUCCAAGUGGACUUCUGCUACAUGUCGGUGAUUCCAGCAGGACCCAGUAUGAACCUGCGAGGGGCCAUUAUUUCAGUGUCUACAUGCUCAGAGGAGAGGUAGUGGCGAAAGUGAACAAUGGAAAGGGGGAAUUCAUGGUGUCAGUAAAGCCAAAAGCUUCUUUAUGUGAUGGGCUGUUUCAUAAAAUCUCAGUAAUCAAGAGGAAAAAUGUUGUGCAACUGCAUGUGGACACAAUAGACAAUUACAAGAUUGGACCACCAUCUUCCACUACAACUUUGACCAAAGACCCCUUGUAUGUGGGUGGCAUUCCUGAGAUGUCAAUGCAACGGACGCUCCCUGUCACGUCGUCCUUUGUGGGAUGCAUCCAGGAGAUGAGGCUCAACGGCGACUCAGUCUCUUUCGACAGGCUGUCUGGUGUGUUCGGUCCCGUCAACCUCAAAGAGUGUCCAGGCUGAAAGCACCGCAUCAUCAUUAAACAAACCUUGGGACCACGUCCACCACCAACCAUGUGCAAUCUGUUACCAAGACAGAGAAUGUGUUUGUGUGUAAGAAUAUAUAUAUAAUGAGGUGUGUGUUUCAGAGGGUGUGAGUGUGUAAGUGAGUGUGUUUGUGUGUGUGUUUGAGAGUGUGUGUGUAAAAUAGAUAUUUUAGCAGCAGCUUACAGGUUCAUAAUAUUUGCUGCUCAGUUAUACAUUUCUGUAUUUAUUUUGUGAUAGAAUCAUGUAUCACUGCACCAAUUCACAAAUGCAUACUCUAACGGAUGUUUUACAGUCUGAUGUGUUGGUCCAUUCAUUUUCCGUCGACAAUCAAAUGCUACUGAAUAUGCUUGUGAUUGGUCAGGGUUGCAGUAUGAGCAACUCAGCACUUUAAGAAAUCAAAUGAUACCUUUUGUCAUGGUGCUUUAAUGAAGAUCAACUUUAUUAGUUGAUUUGUUUUGUUUUGUUUUUGUUUGUUGGACUCAAAACUUUAGAAUAAUUACGUUUACACCCGUGGUGCUCAGUUCAGUGACAUUUCAGGGGGUUGUCUGGCUAUUUUAUAUUCAAAUCCACAUGCCAUCAUAUAGACAUUCUGGAUUUUAACUGGUUUAAUGGAGAUGGAGCCCUCUCACAGGCCAUGAAUAGUAUGGUUUUUCCCCAUUUCGUAUUACUGUUGUUAUGAAUCCAUUUUCCAUUUUGCAUUCCUUUUUCAUGCAUGAGGAUGUUCUGAGUGGUUGCUGACGUCAGUUACACCCACCAGAAAACAGCAUGUACUGAAUUUUGUGGAACAUUGUUUAUGAGUUAAAUAACCAAUAUAGAUACCAGUAGCAUAAGUCUCAUAAUUAUGGUCAGUCAUGUUUGGGACCAUUUAGCCCACAUUGCUAUAAGGUUGAAAGUAAUAUAACACAAAGCAUGUUAUAUUUGAGGUAUUAUUUGAGAGUUAUAUUGAUGUAUUUAAAUUCCCCAGCAAGUGUUUUCUUCUUUCUUUCCUACUUUGUACAUUUGUGGAAACGUGUGAUAUGAUAAAAAAAAAUAUGCAUGAUAAUUAGACAUAUUUUUUACAUGCAUUCCUGUCUUGUGACCACUGAUUUGUAAAGUAUUUUGUAAUCUGUUCAAUUAAUGUUCUUUAUAAAUACUUAUCAGUGCCAUAAGUAGGUCUUGUGAUCAUGGUGACAACUCACAUUAUUAUAUGUACUGAGAAAUGCGUUUUUUCAGACAUCUGGGAUUUAUUGUUGAAUUACACUCACAUUGAAUUACAAAAAUGUGUAUACUUUUGAUUGCAA